UCGAGUCUUGAUGGCGAAGAGCUUCAGGCAUCCAUCUUUCCCUACUAUUUUUGCUAUUCUUUUGGUUGCGUUCUUGUUUUUCUAUGUUUCUGCAAACAUCCUUAGAGUAGCCAAAUAUUGGGUUUCGACUAAUCCAUCUAACCCAGAAUAUAAAGAUGAGCUUCUCAGUGUGUUAAGAAGCGCGUCCAUGGCAGACAGGACAGUCAUAUUGACGACCUUGAACGAGACAUGGGCGGGUCCUGGCUCUGUCAUCGACCUUUUCCUCCAGAGCUUCCGGCUUGGCGAAGGGACAGAACGCCUGUUGACCCAUUUGGUGGUCGUCGCCGUGGACCGCAACGCUUUUGAUCGCUGCAAAUCCAUACAUCCCCACUGUUAUUUCCUCACUACCCCAGCUUCAGGCGUCGAAUUUGCUGCUGAGAAACGGUUGGUGACAGCAGAUCACUACCUCAGCUUCAGUCGCAGGAGAAUCGCCUUCUUGCUCACGGUCCUGGAAUUGGGCUACAACUUUGUUUUCACGGACGCAGAUGUAAUGUGGCUGAGAAACCCAUUCCCGCAUUUCAGUCUGGAUCACGAUAUUACAUCUGCCUGUGAAAUAUACAUGGGAAAUCCGGAGGACAUUAACAACCGGGCGGAUGGAGGAUUCAACUUCGUGAAAUCCAACGCCAGGUCAAUUGACUUGUACAGAUACUGGUACAUGUCAAGCUUUCUACAUCCCGGCGCCGACGACCUUUCUGUAUUUGAGAUGAUUAAAAAAGAUAGAUUUGUGGAAGAAAUUGGAUUGGAGAUCAAGUACUUGGACACAACCUACUUUGGCGGAUUUUGUGAGCCAAGUAAAGAUAUGAGCAAAGUCUGCACCAUCCAUGCCAACUGCUGUAUUGGUAUGGAGAACAAACUCCAUGACAUCAGACUUAUUCUCAAGGAUUGGAAGAAAUUCAUGGGCACAGCACUGUCGGUAAAAGAGAAGAGACUGAAUGUAUCCACUUCUCCUUGGAGGGCUCCAAAUAGAUGUAAGUCGUGGUGAAUUCUCCAAAGCAAAGCACUCAUGUUCCCAUUCACCGCGAAUUGAGUUGAGGCUCAUGUUUAUCGUUGUUUGGUGUCAAAAAUCUGUUUGGAAAGUUAA